AAACGCUCUUGUAUUCUUUCUCAUUGCGUCAACAUAAACCUAGAUAUCUGCUUCAGAAAAUACUUUAUAUUUUUUGUGCAUUCGUAUUUCUACCGUACUAAGUACUAACUGCUUUCUUCUCCUGCUUAUGGAGCCUUUCAUAAAAAACAAGUACCGACUCGGACGGAGAAUCGGCAGUGGAUCGUUCGGAGAGAUCUACACCGGCACUGAUUUGGAGACGAAUGAGGAUGUAGCAAUUAAGCUUGAAAAUGUCCACACACGACACCCUCAAUUACUGUAUGAGUCAAAGUUAUACAGAAUUUUACAUGGAGGAAAUGGAAUUGCAAAUGUGAGAUGGUUUGGCGUGGAACGAGACUACAAUGUUAUGGUCAUGGAUUUGCUUGGCCCUAGUCUUGAAGAUCUAUUUAACUUUUGCAGUAGGAAACUUUCUCUGAAAACUGUUCUCAUGCUUGCGGAUCAAAUGAUCAACCGCAUUGAGUUCUUACACAGUAAAUCAUUUUUGCAUCGAGAUGUCAAACCAGAAAAUUUUCUUAUGGGAUUGGGAAAGCGCUCAAAUCAGGUGUAUGCAAUUGACUUUGGUUUGGCAAAGAAGUAUCAAGACCCUUCAACUCACGAGCACAUCUCUUACAGAGAUAAAAAGAAAUUGACAGGAACUGCAAGAUAUGCAAGCAUUAACACUCACCUCGGUCGUGAACAAAGCAGGAGGGAUGAUUUGGAAUCUCUUGGAUAUGUUCUAGUGUACUUCCUAAGAGGAAGCCUUCCUUGGCAGGGAAUAAAGGCAGGAAAUAAGAGACGCAAGUAUGGAAUAAUUAGUGAAAGGAAGAUGUCUACCUCUAUUGAGGCCUUAUGUCGAGGUUCUCCUACAGAGUUUGCUUCAUAUCUCCAGUACUGUCGUUCACUGCGCUUUGAAGACAAACCAGAUUAUGCUUAUCUGAGGAGAAUUUUCAGAGACCUUUUUAUCCGCAAAGGCUUUGAGUUUGACUAUGUUUUCGAUUGGACUAUUUUGAAGUAUCAGCAGGCACAGAUUGAAGCUCCUCCAUCCAGAUCUCUUACUCCUGGUUCUGGAACCAGCUCAUGGAUGACUCCCAUGAACCCCAAUGUGGAACACCAGUCGGGUGAAGAAGGGAGACGAUUAGCAGACUCUUCCCAGAGGAGAAACUAUGGGCAACCCGCGGAUGCAGAGUUCUCCAAUUGGAAAUGACUUCACCAGAAAAAAAUAAAAGAAUAUGCUAUUUUGUCAAUAGUAGGAAAUGAUUUUGACGCGGAGGAAGGCAAGUGCAGAGACUGUACACAAAAUCUCAAGCAGACAGAAGCUCUCCUUCAUCAUCUGCCAGGAACAACUCUACCACAGUAUUUUUGACUAGAAGUAUGGCACUUAACAUGCGCUUUUGGUGAUAUCUUCACUUUCUCACCUAGUAUUGGUAUUGGUAGUGGCAAAUGUAAAUUCGCCAUUGUAUUUUUAUUUUAUACAUUCUAUCUCCAUAUCAAUCAUGCUUCUAAAUUUCAAGUUGAAGGUGAGCCUCUUUUUGCAAUA